UUGCACAGAAUGGUUUUACUCCACUGCAUAUUGCUUGCAAGAAAAAUCGCAUUAAAGUAAUGGAACUGCUGGUGAAAUAUGGGGCUUCAAUCCAAGCUAUAACAGAGUCGGGCCUGACACCAAUUCAUGUGGCUGCAUUUAUGGGGCAUCUGAACAUAGUUCUCCUUCUACUGCAAAAUGGUGCCUCUCCAGAUGUCACUAACAUUCGUGGUGAGACUGCAUUACACAUGGCAGCUCGUGCAGGACAAGUGGAAGUUGUGCGCUGCCUCCUAAGAAACGGUGCUUUGGUUGAUGCACGAGCUAGGGAGGAACAGACACCACUGCAUAUUGCAUCUCGCUUGGGUAAAACAGAAAUUGUGCAGCUACUGUUGCAACACAUGGCACACCCAGAUGCUGCAACAACUAAUGGGUAUACACCACUACACAUCUCUGCCCGAGAAGGCCAAGUUGAUGUAGCAUCGGUUCUGUUGGAGGCAGGUGCAGCACACUCCUUGGCUACCAAGAAGGGAUUCACACCACUGCAUGUGGCAGCGAAGUAUGGAAGCCUAGAUGUGGCAAAACUCCUAUUGCAGCGUCGUGCAUCUGCUGAUUCAGCUGGGAAGAAUGGUCUCACUCCCCUCCAUGUUGCUGCUCACUACGACAAUCAGAAAGUGGCACUACUCUUACUGGAGAAAGGUUCUUCUCCUCAUGCUACUGCCAAGAAUGGGUAUACUCCUCUACACAUUGCUGCUAAGAAGAAUCAGAUGCAGAUAGCCACAACCUUACUGAAUUAUGGAGCAGAGACCAAUAUUUUGACCAAACAAGGUGUGACUCCACUUCACUUGGCCUCUCAGGAAGGUCAUGCUGACAUGGUGAACGUACUUCUGGAGAAGGGAGCCAAUAUUCAUGUGGCCACAAAGAGUGGACUGACAUCUUUACAUUUAGCAGCUCAAGAAGAUAAAGUGAAUGUGGCAGAUAUGCUGAUAAAGCAUGGAGCAAACAAAGAUGCCCAGACAAAGCUGGGUUACACUCCACUAAUUGUGGCUUGUCACUAUGGAAACAUCAAGAUGGUGAACUUUCUUCUGAAGCAAGGAGCUAAUGUCAAUGCUAAGACAAAGAAUGGAUACACUCCUCUGCACCAAGCUGCUCAACAAGGCCAUACUCACAUCAUCAAUGUGCUUCUUCAACAUGGGGCCAAGCCAAACGCAAUCACUGCGAAUGGCAACACUGCCUUAGCGAUUGCUAAGCGUCUGGGAUACAUCUCAGUGGUAGACACAUUAAAGGUUGUAACAGAGGAAGUGAUUACCACCACAACUACUGUCACUGAGAAGCACAAGCUCAAUGUACCUGAGACUAUGACUGAAAUUUUGGAUGUUUCUGAUGAGGAAGCUUUAAAACAUUCUGAUUAUGACCAUUCCACUGACGAGGAAGCCUUUAGUGAUGCAGGUGAUGACACAAUGACAGGAGAUGGGGGAGAAUAUCUUAGACCUGAAGAUCUGAAGGAACUAGGUGAUGAUUCCUUACCUAGCAGCCAGUUCUUAGAUGGCAUGAACUACCUGAGGUACAGCCUGGAAGGAGGCCGCUCUGACAGCACUAUGCCCAGCCUGCGAUCCUUCAGUUCAGACAGGUCCCGUACACUGAGCCAUACCUCGUACUUGAGGGACAGCACUAUGAUUGAUGACACCGUCAUUAUCCCAAGCCACCAGAUAUCUGCAUUAGCUAAAGAAGGUGAGAGAAAUUCAUACCGCUUAAGUUGGAGUCCUGAUAACCUGGACAACAUCACUCUUUCCGCUAGCCCUAUUCAUUCUGGCUGCCUGUCUUCCAAAAAGGAGAUUGGAUCAUUGCUAACAAGCCACUCCUCUCCAUGUUUUGACCAUGAAAACAGCAGUUUUCUGGUCAGUUUUAUGGUUGAUGCUCGAGGUGGUGCUAUGCGGGGUUGCAGACACAAUGGGCUUCGAAUCAUUAUUCCACCCCGGAAAUGCACUGCCCCAACUCGAGUUACCUGCCGGUUGGUCAAACGCCAUAGACUUGCCACAAUGCCUCCAAUGGUGGAAGGAGAUGGUCUGGCUAGUCGCCUUAUUGAAGUUGGGCCUUCUGGUGCUCAAUUUCUUGGGCCUGUGAUUGUUGAAAUCCCUCACUUUGCGGCUUUGCGUGGUAAAGAAAGAGAGCUGGUGAUUUUGCGCAGCGAGAAUGGGGACAACUGGAAAGAGCAUUUCUGUGAAUUUACAGAAGAUGAGCUAAAUGAAAUACUAAAUGGAAUGGAUGAAGUGCUCGACACUCCAGAAGAGCUGGAGAAGAAACGUAUUUGCCGUAUUAUCACCCGGGACUUCCCACAGUACUUUGCAGUGGUAUCCCGGAUCAAACAAGACAGCAAUCUCAUUGGACCUGAGGGUGGUGUACUAAGCAGUACUGUAGUUCCACAAGUACAAGCAGUCUUUCCAGAGGGAGCAUUAACCAAGAGAAUUCGUGUUGGUCUUCAGGCCCAACCUAUGCACAAUGAACUUAUAAAGAAAAUUUUAGGCAACAAAGCCACAUUCAGUCCUAUUGUCACACUGGAACCUAGGCGAAGAAAAUUCCAUAAGCCGAUAACUAUGACUAUUCCUGUUCCCAAAGCUUCGAGUGAUGUGAUGAUUAAUGGUUAUGGAGGUGAGACACCUACUCUGAGAUUACUGUGCAGCAUCACAGGAGGAACAACACCUGCUCAGUGGGAAGACAUAACAGGAACAACACCAUUAACAUUUGUAAAUGAAUGUGUUUCCUUCACCACAAAUGUAUCUGCCAGAUUUUGGUUGAUAGAUUGUCGACAAAUACAGGAAUCUGUAACAUUUGCUUCUCAAGUGUAUAGAGAAAUUAUAUGUGUACCUUACAUGGCCAAAUUUGUAGUGUUUGCCAAAUCUCAUGAUCCCAUAGAAGCCCGACUAAGAUGUUUCUGCAUGACCGAUGAUAAAGUGGAUAAAACACUAGAACAACAAGAAAACUUUGCUGAAGUUGCUCGAAGCAGGGAUGUAGAGGUAUUAGAAGGAAAACCCAUAUAUGUGGACUGCUUUGGGAAUUUAGUACCAUUAACAAAGAGUGGUCAACAUCACAUAUUCAGUUUUUAUGCCUUCAAAGAAAAUAGACUUCCAUUGUUUGUCAAGGUUCGGGAUACAACGCAAGAACCUUGUGGACGCCUAUCUUUUAUGAAGGAACCUAAAUCUUCAAGAGGUCUGGUACAUCAAGCUAUCUGCAAUCUGAAUAUCACAUUACCAGUAUACACAAAGGAAUCAGAAUCAGAUCAAGAACAGGAAGAAGAGACUGACAUGACAUCAGAAAAACAACAACAAGAUGAUCAGGAAAGGAUAGAAGAAAGACUAGCACAUAUUGCUGAUCAUCUUGGAUUCAGCUGGACAGAGCUAGCAAGAGAAUUGGAUUUCACUGAAGAACAAAUUCAUCAAAUUCGAAUUGAGAAUCCUAAUUCCCUUCAGGAUCAGAGUCAUGCACUACUGAAAUAUUGGCUGGAAAGAGAUGGAAAACAUGCUACUGAUUCAGGUCUUACAGAGUGUCUUAAAAAAAUUAAUCGAAUGGAUAUUGUUCAUCUAAUGGAAAGUAGCAUGGAAAUGUCCCGAGAUCAUGGUCGCACCUAUGCAGAAAUUGAACAGACAAUGGUACUGGAUCACAGUGAAGGGUUCUCUGCACUUCAUGAAGAUCUAUGCAGCACAAAAGAUAAAAAGGAGGAAGAAUAUUCCUUUUCUAAAGGCAGUGAGCAAUCUGAUCAUCCUCCCCUUGUUUCAGAAGAAGACCUUUCUGUCAGCUACUCACCCUUGCAUGAAGGCACAUCUAAGGCUGAGGCAGAACUAUCUGUGGUAGAACUACUACACCAAACACAGAAAGAUCAUGUGAAAGCUGAAUUCUCAGGGAAGCCUCAUGAGCUGACAGAAGAUUCACCUACUACACAGGAUGUCACAACUUCUGGAACAGAUUUGACACAAGUGCCCCAAAAUGUUAAAACAGCCAGCAUUGUCAGUGACAAAUCUGGGGAUUCCACAGCAGGAUGUGAGGACCUGGAAAGGCCAUCCUUUCAUACUCCAACAUUUAGUGAUCGAACUGAUUCCCCCAUUGUGGAAGAACCUGAAGACCAUCACUUCCACCAAGAAGAUACAUAUCCAAGGAAAAAUAGCCUGGUGAUUGUUGAAUCCACUGAUGAACCGCCUGAAAAAUUAGAAAGAUAUGAAGAAGAAUUGUUAGAAAAAGAGCUAGCAGAGGAAUUAGGUGAGCUGGAGGUCAGCUCAGAUGAGGAAGAGAUGGUAACUACCAGGGUCGUUCGCCGCCGGGUGAUUAUUCAGGCUGAUGAUGUGCCUGAAAUGCCACCAGAAGCUGUAACGGAGGAACAGUACACUGAUGAACACGGCCAUAUUGUGGUGAAGAAGGUCACUAGGAAGAUCAUCAGGCGAUUCGUUUUGCCAGAUGGAACAGAAAAGGAAGAAGUUGUGAUGCAAGGAGAGCCUCCAGAGCCCAUUACACUGGAAGAGGGAGAUAGUUAUUCCAAAGUCCUAAAGCGGGUGGUGUUGAAGAGUGACAGUGAACAAUCAGAGAUGACUUUUUCUGAGCCAAGUGUUUUAUCAAGUGCCUCAGAAUUCCAGGCUGAACCAGUGGAAGGCCGCAAGGUCAGCAAAGUUAUAAAAACUACCGUAGUGCAUGGGGAGAGAAUGGAAAAACAUCAUGGAGAUUCUAGUUUAGCAAUGGAUCUUCCAUCAGCCAAAGAUGACUUCGAAGAGGCCCUGAGUUACAUAGGUAACAAAAUGAAAAUUGAAGUCCCCCCAUUAGUAGAGAAAGAGGUCAUGAAAGAGGAUGGUUCGCUUAUUAAAAGGACAACAAUGAGUAAAGCUAGUACACAGAAGAGGACUGUGGUUAAGGACCAGUAUGGAAACCGGAUUCAUGUGGAGCUGCUGGAGGACACACCAGAAGCGCUACCCCAGGAUGACCUUCAGCAUGACCUUCAGCAACUAUUAAGGCAUUUCUGCAAAGAUGAGCAGAAGAAAGAGGCCAAAUGAGAUGCUGCUAAAUCUCACCCACAGACCACCACACAUAUCCAUUAACUAUCCAGCUUUAUCCAACUUUCUUUUAUCAUAGGUGUUAUUAUUUAACAUAAUCAUCAGGGAACACUUCUGUUUCUACUUUGAGCAUAUAGGGUAGGCUUUUCAUUUCAUUUCCUUUGUUUCUAAAUAUCUGUAAGCUAAUUUUGUGACCAAAGAUCAUUCUGGAUGAUUUUAUCUAUUCAUACUCAUAGACUCUGUGCUCUCCUGACAGUCUGUCAAACUUGCUAUUUUUAUUUUUCUUUGCUUUUGCAUCAGAUCCAUAGACACAUCAGUUUCUUCCACAGGCCUCUUCAAAUGACAGUGUACAUGUGUUUUUUAAGGAGGUUAUUAACUUUAAACUGUAAAUAGGUAAAGUGUGUGGAUUCACAAGACAGAAAGAAGCACUGCCUAUUGCGACUACUUUUAGCAUUGGGACUACAAGGUUUGUUGAAGAACAGUUCAUGUAAUAUUGCUAACCCAAUCCAUUACGACUAGGACACGGAUCUACUGAGAAUGAAGCAAGUCAGUCCUCCUUGUUCAUAGGACUUCCAGUGUAAUGAAUUACUUGACGAAAAAGUUUCUGAGAGUCAGAACAAAACCUCAAAUUCCAGCUGUUUCCAUUACAGUUGAUUGUUUCUUUGCUUCCUGGGAAAGCCACCUCAAGAUUUCCUGAAGAAAAAUAUACCCGGUUAGAUAUAACGUGCUAGCAGCUCUACUGUGGCACUUUCGCAUACUGUAUUCAAAUCUUUUAGAUCAGGGACAUGAAACUGGGUGCAUUCAGCAGUUCUGGUUAUUGUACUGUUUUGAUCACUCCUUUAGCAAACCACGCUGUCUUAGAAGUGGUUGUUUCUGCUGGCCAUUGCACUAUAGACGUUUCGAAGGAGGAAAAGAAACCCUUACCCUUCAGAAAACCCUUCAGAAAAAUAUAGUUGAUUUAUCACAUUCUGUCAAGAGUUCUCUUAAUCUGGCACACGCAUGUGGCACUGGAGUAUAAAAACACAGCCUUUCUGUAAUCAUGCCAAUUGCUUCUCAUCCUUCCUAGCACUGAGCGAGCAGAUGUUAACAUCCUGUUUGAGGUUUUUCCCCAAUGUUUUACUGAUGAGGAGACAGGGAUCCACCAAGCAUUUGUUUUUUCUUGCCAUUUUAUUUAUAGUCCUUAACCACCUUUCAAGCAUUGUCAUGUAAAUGUCUGCACUUUGAUUUUCCAAGAAGGGCAUAUAUGACCCUGGAAUUAUUCUGUGGUCUGUACCUAAUUCUAAUAGUGGUCUGAAGCUCUGUAGCAUUUUAACAUAUAUAUGUAAUUAGAGAUAUAUAUAUAUAUAAAAUAUAUAUAUAUAUUAUAUGAAAUGAUAUACAUUUUGAGUCAGUUAUUUGAUAAACACAAAGUAUAUUCAGCAAUGAUGAGUCAGGUCCUCUAGGGCUGAAUAUUUUUCAAAACCUAGCUAGCCUUUCUUUCUUUAAACAAAAAACGACUCACUGCUCAGAAUGCCGAAAAUAAAUGUUACAAAUGGCACCUCCUCAUUAAGUAACAAUGCCAAGAGAAAGGAAACAUUUAAGGAGGUUUUGGUUUCCUGCUUUAAAAAAACCCUACUCAGUGCCAUGCAAAUUUGUUUUGUUGGCAAAGCAGGACACAAGCACUUAUGACUGCCAAAAUGAAAGGAGACCUAAUUGCAGGACACACAGUAGCUCAUUUCUCAUUGUCAAGAACAUCACUGUUUAACCUUCAAGACUGGGGCUCUACAAGAAAUGCAUUUCUGUUGUGUUAUUUGCGGUGCAGAUGAUGUUCUGUGUAACAGCAUAAUGGCUAUUCUCCUUUUUCAGUUUUGAAUUUUUGCUGUGUUAUCAGAGAACUUGAAUACUGUGAGAAGGUGAUUUUAAGUUGAUAAAUCAGCAUCUUGUUCCCAUGGUGAUAACACUUAACUGAAUAUAUCUAUGAGGGCAUGUAUUAAAGAUGUAAAACAAACAAACAGCACUAACAAUACAUAGCUGCAAUGUGUACAAUGGCUGAUUUAAUUAAAUAAAAAUGUAAAAGUGUUAAAUGUA